AUGAGUGCUCAAUACGACUUUGUUAUUGUUGGCGGCGGCGUUGCCGGCUUGGUGGUGGCAGCCCGGCUAUCUGAGAACCCCGAUAUCCAAGUGCUGGUGCUCGAGGCGGGAGAGGACCAGACAGCCGACCCUCGGGUCAAUAUCCCCGCAUUGGGUCCUAGUCUUGUCAAGACAUCUUCCGACUGGCAAUUCCAGACGGUACCACAGAGUGGCUUGGGCGGUCGUGAAAUCGGUGUGCCUCAAGGACGCCUUCUCGGUGGCUCUGGUGCCCUUAACGGCCUAUCUUUCACCGUUACGACUCGGUCUAAUGUUGAGGCUUGGGCCAGUUUGGGGAAUGCCGGCUGGGACUGGCCGGCGUUUAGCUCUGCUCAAAAGAAGGCCUACUCAAUUGCGUCUGAUCAAGAACAGAAGGGUCCUCUAAAGCUUUCUUUGCCCGAAAAUGCCGAGUCUUUCUGGCCCAGGGUCUGGCAAGACACUAUCCGCGAGCUGGGCUUUCCAGACGCCUGUGAUCCGUUGAGCGGCCGGGGCGUUGGAAGCAGUCUCACUCCGGAUACCGUGGACUCUGCAACUAAGACAAGGAGCCAUGCUGCUAGCGCAUAUCUGCAGGCUGCCAAGUCGAGGUCAAAUCUGACUGUUGCGACCCAGGCGCUCGUGGAGAGGAUUAUCUUCAGGUCAGAUGCUGGCGAGAUAGUUGCAGAGGGUGUCCAGUACACGAAAGAUGGGGAGAAGAAGACGGUAACGGCACAGAAAGAGGUGAUUCUGACCGCCGGUGCUCUCAACUCCCCACGUCUGCUGGAACUGUCUGGUGUCGGAAAUGCUGAGCUUCUUCGGGGCCUCGGAAUCGACGUUGUGCUUGACAGCCCGUACGUGGGAGAAAACUUGCAAAACCACAUCAUGGCUGGCGCUGCCUUUGAGGCACUUCCGGAACAUGACACCAUGGACGGCAUCGUCCGUCAGGACCCUGCGGCCGUGGGCGCCGCUAUGGAAGCGUACGGAAAGGGCUCGGGUCCCUUUUCCAGGAGCGGAACUUCGGCGACGGCACAGCUUCCGCUGUCGGCUGGAGAAGACAUUGUCCAGUUGCUCGACACCCUCAAAGCCGAGGCCCCCAAGACAAAGUCGACAUCCGGUUUCACAGAUGCGAUUGAAUCAUUCGUUCGAUCUGUUUUGACAUCGUCAUCAGAGCCUUCGGGCUAUUACAUCUCGUUCCCAGGCUACGCCUUGUUCAACUCAGACGGAACUAUGGCGCCGCCGCCUGCUGGCGACGAGAAGUACUUCACAAUAGGCGUGCUCCUCGCCCACCCUCUAUCGCGAGGUUCAAGCCAUAUUACAUCGGCAUCUUUGGAGUCGGCAGCACUGGCUGUUGACCCCGGCUAUUUGACGCAUCCCCUUGAUGUCGAGAUUUUGGCCAGACAUCUUCAGGUCUUGGAAAAGAUUGCAGCAAGCGAACCGCUAAGAAGCCAGCUCAAGCAGGGAGGGAAGCGUACCCCAGCCAAUAAUUUGACCGACCUCGAGCAAGCGAAAGAGUUUGUGCGAAAGACCGCAGUUGGUGCCCAUCACUUUACGGGUACAUGCUCCAUGAUGCCUCGCGAACUUGGCGGUGUCGUCGACGAAAAGCUGCGUGUCCAUGGAAUCCGCAACUUACGGGUGGCUGACGCCAGCAUCAUUCCCAUCACCGUUCGAGCCAACCCACAAGCAACUGUGUACGCAGUCGCUGAGAGGGCAGCCGAGCUGAUUAAGUCGAGUCUUUGA